GCCUACUUACAUUCACACACACUAACACAACCACCGACCGCCGGGAGACACGAUGCGCACCCUCGCGACGGUAGCAACGGUGCUUACCGCGCUGCUGGCGGUGUCGGCACAGCAGUACCAGCAACCCGGCGGCAAUUACGUUGACGAUUACGCUCAGUAUGACUCCCAACGACCUAGCCAACCGACCCCACGUAGCUACGCGACCGACGCGGACCGUCAAUCGGCCGCGCCGGCGAACCCGAAGCCGCCAGUGGCGAUCCUGAAGCAGAUCAAUCGCCACAACGAGGACGGCUCGUACACGUACGGUUUCGAGGGCGCGGAUGGCUCCUUCAAGAUCGAGACCAAGCUGCCAACCGGCGAAGUGAAGGGCAAGUACGGCUUCGUCGACGACACUGGCAAGGUCCGCAUAGUCGAGUACGGUGCGAACCAGUACGGCUUCCAGCCGGCUGGUGAGGGCAUCACCGUCGCUCCGCCAACCCUGUUCGACGAGACCACCAGCAAGGAGGCUAUUGAGGCGCAAGCCUAUGAAGAGUAUCAGCAGCAGCAGCAGCAACAGCAGCAGCAACAGCAGCAGCAACGACAGCCCGCUCGUCCAGCUUACCAGCCACAGUCGCACACCCAGGCUGUGUACGCUCCCGCGCAGGUAGCCCCGAGCAGACCUGCCCUCCCCAAACCGGCCAUUUUCACGCCGGCCGCUGCGGCACCCCAAGCGCCGCGACAUCAACAAUCCCUGCUGCAGAAUGCGUAUAACGAACCAGCGCCGGCCUCGCAGCUCUACAAUCAGGGACCCGCUCAGUUUGCCCCAUCGCCGCCGAAUCAAGGCCAGGACCAAGGCCAAGGCCAUUCCCAACCGCAGACCCGUAGCGGCGGCGGUAUCCUGGACCAGCUCGCCAGGGACUACGCUCUGCCACAGGGAGUCGCGCCGCCGUUGCAUGACAUCAGCUUCGGCUACUAUUAGGCCGUCUAGUCCUGCCUCUUUGCCUACCGAAGAGUAGAAGAGUCUAGGAUCAAUCGUUCGUGCCUCAACCAAAUUCUCUACCGUUCAACUGCAAUGCUAUAUGGAAACCUUCUUGUUUUUCGUAGGAUACAUGUACUUUAUGUCGCUAUAGAGUUUAACUUUGGUAUACUUAGAAGUUAAGAGCCGUUAAGAACUGCCGAAUGUUACGAUUGAUCCCAGACUCGAGUGCUCGUCCCGGUUGCGUGUUGGUCUUGUAUUCUAUUCGUGAAUGGGACGCGUCGACGACUCGUCGUAAUCGCGGCGUUGCCCACUCUCGCCGAAGUGGACGGCACUGUGAUUGAUGAUCGUCGUGAAUAGAUCGUCUACUGCAAUCGGAAGUUGAGAACUACUAGUCUAUUGACGUCUGAAAUCGCAAGUCGAAAAAUAAGACUCUACUUCGUCCACGUAACACGAUUUCUCCAUUAUUAAUUAUACUUAAUUAAAGAUAUGUAUUCGCGAGAAUUAAAGCACAUUGCAUCGUUCCAUCAGCAGUGAACUGUGAUAAAUUGACAGUAAAAUAUAAAACAAUUUUCAUAGAAAUUAAUAUGUUGUUCAAAUGGAUUUUUAGCCUUAUCAUAUUUCCUUUUCUCGACUUUGGAAAUGAGGUAAAAGAGCUCUCUUCAAGGUAGCUUAAAUAAAAGCGAGAAGUGCUGAUUUUUCGAGCAGAUAGACGCCAAGGUCUGAGUUCUCGACUUCUUACUUCGACUAUUUCUUUUCGCCAAUACCCAUCGAGUUGUUAUAUUAAAGGAUAAUAUUUGACGUCAUCUUUUUUAGCAAUCAUUAAAAUUAUCGCACAUCACUACUCGUCGAAGAAUCUCCCGGAUGACAAACGGUAAUCGACUAGGCGAUAGUAGAAAUUGUAAAAAGAAUGUAAAUAAAAUUUCUCGUCUCCCCCUUCGGUGGGGGCGUUCGUUUUCAACUCCAGGAAACGCUUUCGCCUUGAGAACUCGCCAUUGGAGUACCGUUGCGAUCAAUAGAAUUGCGGGUCCCGCGAGAAUGUUAUGUUAAUUGGGCGUGCUUACUAUUGUAAUUAGAUUAUUGUAAGGUAAUUCGAGUGGAAUAAAGUGAGGCCAAUACUAGAUUCCGCAUGUCUCAUGGAACGCAAAAAAUUUCCGUACAAUGCCGGUGCGACGAGAUUUCCCGAUUUCACCUUUCCAAUUAUGCUCCUCGUUAGGCAUAAAGGCUUUCGAUGUUCGUACUUGUUGAACGCACAAAAGAACACAAGAGUCACAUCUUCGCUCGAAUGUGCUCGUAGAGAUC